CGGAAUUUUGCAAUAUUAUUUUAUUCACUUAUUAUUUCAGUAUUGAAACCUUUACUAGUUUAGCCACACCCAUCUCACUCUGUGACAUCCAAUGACAUAAUCACACAAACACAUGAUCACAUAUACACACAUAUCUUUUAUGUGUGUGUAUAUAAAUACAUAUAAACACACAUAUACAUUACAUAUAACCACACACAUACACAACACACACACACAUACAUUAUACUACCUUGCAGUGUUCCUAAUAAGAAGAAAUAAGAUUUGAGAGAAAACAUGUCGGCUCAAGGUUUACAUUGGUUUGUCAUACCUUUAUGUCUUCUAAUAUCAGUUUUGAGUGUUACCAGCCUACAAUGUUUUCAGUGUUCCAGCUCAGCUCCUGGUUCCAAAUGUGAAACGGGCGUCAAGGAAUUUGCCAAGUACAAUCAUUCUAAAUUUGCACAAAACUGUUCUGACUUCAAUUUUAAAGGCAAAGUUUUCUGUGCCAUUGAAACCGAAUAUAUCAAUAUUUCAACCAGCAAUGGUCUGUCCUGCUACAGUUGUGAAGGAACCAAACCUUUUUCAAAAUGUGAAUCAGACAUAAGGGAAUACCGAUUGGGAAUAAAUUCAAAAUUUGCAGUAAACUGUUCAAAAUAUUCACACAUGAAAAAGCCAUACUGUGCAAUUGAAAGAUACAUGAAAAAUGGGCAAGUACAAGCUAUUAUUAGGGACUGUAAUGAUAAGAUAUUCUCAUUCUCCAUGGAACAUCCACCAUACAAAAAACUUGAAACUGUUAAUGGGGAUUACAACAUUUCCGUGUGCUCUUAUGUUUCCUCUCAAGGAGCAAUACUGUGCGUUUCAUUGUGCGAUGAAGACAUGUGCAAUGGCGUGUUUGGCAAAUCAGAUAGCAUUACAUUAAGCCUACCACUAUUUGUCAUAUCAUUACUUUCAGUGAAGGGACUCGCAAACUUCAGUUAACUCUUUAAUCAUUGUCAGUCCUACCAGCCAUGAUUUCAAUAUCAGUUUACAGAUGUUGUUUUCCACAUUUUAUUGGUUUCCAUCAAGGGUAUUUAUUUAACUGACACCAGAAGGAUUAACAGUAAAAUCUAUAGAAUGGCAAUGAAGAAGAAGAAAAAAUACUAAACUAUUGUAAGCUUCAUCACAAAUUCAAAUAUUAUCAAAUAAAAUAAAGCUACCAUACUUUAAAGAAAGAAACAAAGACUGGACAAAAGAAUGGACAAAGAAUGAACAAAAAAUGGACAAAGAAUGGACAAAGAAUGAACAAAAAAUGGACAAAGAAUGGACAAAGAUUGGAUUGAAAGAAUGGAUGGAAAGAAGGAAGAAAGACACAAACAAAUGAAGAGUUUUGUUUAGUUCAGUUUGUCAUCACAUUCAUCCACAAUAUAAAGAUAAAACAGAGUCAUCUGGCUUUUCUACAUUCAAAGGUCACAUCCUGUCAAGGUCAACUGUGCCCUUCCUCCUUUCCAGAACCUUUAAAAUAAAGAAUCAAUAAAGUAACAGAGUCAUUUUAAUUGACUCUCUCUCACACCUGCUGACAAAAUUCCUGGUUUCAUGCUUAUGUUAGAAACAAUUGGCAGAAGCAUUAGCAUUCUGGGCAAAAUGCUUAGCAGCAUUUCAUCCGUUUUUACAUUCUGAGUUCAAAUUCAAUGUGCAUAUGGCUGACUACUCCACUGAUGUGCAUACCCUUAAGGUAGUUCACAGGAAGAUUCAGUGUGACACAGAAUGUAUCGAGACUGGUCCCUUUGAAUUACAGAUACAGUAAAGUGGAGUCAUGUGAAAUAAAGUGUCUUGUUCAAGGACACAAUGUAUUCCACUUUCUGCAAGCAUCAGUCGGUUCUUUUACUGAAAACCACUUGAACAUUCUACUACUAGUGAAUAUAUAUAUAUAUAUAUAUAUAUAUAUAGUAACAAUGAGGAUUUUCAAAACCUCUUAUGGGGAUAUUUUUAUCCAAGAUACACUGGUUUAAUAUCAAAUAUUUUGAAGAGAUAUUUCUUCAAUGAAUAUAUUAUAUAAAAUAUCCAUAUAUACAUACAUAUGGGAAAUGGUUCUUUGCAUUGAGAACCACUUCCCAUUGCCAACCGGUGGUUGUCACAUGCUGAUGGCAGGUCAAUACCCAGAAACUCGGGUCUGUGUGUAUCGGUGAGGCUGGAGAUGGGAAAGAUGACUUCCCUUUGCAAAUACUGAUAGAGCACAGAAAGUGUGUCAAUAGCCAGUUGGAGGAAAUGUCUCCCUGGGGCUACAAGCUACAGUAGCAUCAACCCUUAAGAGUUAGCCACAUUUAGGUGACAAAUAUACUUCACGAUAAAGUACACCAUUUUUCAUGUUAGAACUAUUUUACAACUUUUCAAUCAGUUAUCUCCCCUUCUUCAACUUAGCGUCUGUGACCUUUACCAAUGUCUUUCAUCCAGCUUCAAAUUCUCAUUUUUAAUAAACUGAUAAAAGAAAUUAAA